AUGCUGAGGAUUUAUGCAGGAGUCGUCGUUGCAUCGCAGUUGGGAAUGGUGGUUGAGGUCUUGGAGGCAUGGCAUGGCAUUUUUUUACGGGGGAGAAAUGCAGGAUUCACCCUUUUGGUGAAUAUAUGGGGAUGCGAGCAACAGGAAUGGGGGAUCGCCUUCGCUAAUUCGGUCUCGAGUUCCGACGCCGAUGAGCAGUGUCGGUUUCGACCACCAGAAGAGAGUGGGAUUUGGGAGGGGACCUUGUACGAUGAGAAACUAGUGGUGAGCUGGAAAUUACCUUAUGCUGCUGCGUUGUCACUGUAA